CGCAGCUAAGUUGGCAAAAAUGUACUUCAAAUCAUUUAAAACCAAACAAACCAAGGCAGUUCAUGUAGGAAGAAAAAUUCGGAAAAAGUCUCAUAUUUAAGUAUAUUUUAGUUGAAUUGGAUUAUUUAAAAUCUUGAAGAAAAUGCCGGAAGAUAGUAGAAUAUUGUACCAUGAAAAGAUACACGCUGAGUUGGGUCGCAUUAUGCAUUCAAUCGCAAACCAAACAGUUAAGAUUCGUCAGAUUGUAGCAAAAAUAUCUUCAAUUCUAUUGAAAUUGGACUGCGUACCCCUCGAGCAAUCAAGGUCACCAAACGAAACGAUUUGCCACUACAAAAUUAACAAUGCAAUCUACCAUAUGACCAAUAUCGUCGAGAAAUACGAUCGAAUUAAACAGGACAUAUUCAAUCAAAGUGAAUUUGAACUGAACGACAGAUUCGAGGAAUACCUACUGCUUUCGAUAAGAAGAAUUGAAUAUUUGAAAACAAUCGCUCGACGUUUGUCGGCAGUAGCUGAUAAUAUAACAAGAAUCUACGGUGAAAUAUCGCAGGAGGAUCAAACAGACACGGAUUUAGAUUCAUCGUAUGCAAGUAGUGGCGAAAAUGUUUCCAGUUAGGGAGAAGAGGCAGCAUGUAAUAAAGUUAUUAGAGCUGAUAGGCGUGGAAGUCAACGUGAAUGAAAUGAGUGAAAUUUGAGUACUGAUUGUUAUUUACCGAGUAAUAAAAAUAUUAUCAUGAAUA